AUGGCGUACGUGAAACCGGAAGUAUGUCAGGAGUUUUAUACUAAAUCAGAGUUAGACAUAGACAGCAUGUGGCCAAGUCACGUUCUUUGCGCUAGAGCGAUGUCCGGUAAAGACUGCAUAUGGCAUAGUGGCACUAUAUUGACUGUUCGACAAAACGGCCAAUGGAGUUUGGUGGGUAUCGGAGUAAUGGGACCAGGUUGUACGGCACCAUCAAGAUUUAUUGACUACACAGUGUAUCAUUUAUGGGUAAGGAACAGUAUCUUAAGAAUCGGGAGACCAGCUGUCACCAAAAUAGAUGAUAACAAUAUUGUAUUAAGACGAAGUGUGUCAAGUGUACAAAGAUUCGGACCAUGUGAUCCAGAAGAAACUAAGGCUGUAUUGUUUACUGAUAAAACAUCAAUAGAUCAAUAUAUUCCCAGACAACAAAACAGAGUUAGUUAUAACUUUACAGUAUUCGCAAACGUUGACUAUUCGUGCGUCGUGUUCUACGUACGAAACCGCACUCCAAAGAGGAAAGAAAUGCCCAAAAUAUUUCUCCGCCGCUGGUGUACCUCCGAACGAGCAAUAUGCUACGGCAUGAGCUUUUUACAAGUGGACUUUUAUCUUGAAAUAUUUUUUAUUGAAUAA